CAUCAAUACAUUUAUACAUCUCCACCAUCAAUAUUGCACAUAAAAAAGAAUUUACGCGGUUACACGGUUUCGUGAGUUGUUUGUUUCCAAGUGAAAAGUUGCAGCAUAUUUCCAUUCGUUCGUUUUAAUUUCGAAGCCGAAACAAAAGGAAUUAAUACUCAGAACGUAAGCAUCCAACGACAAAAUCAUGGCCGAUAAAAGCGAGGACGUUCAAUCGAUUGACGAUAAGGUUACUCUUGCUAAAGAGUUGUAUGCAACUGGCAGUCGUAGCUAUUUGGUCAAAUCCUAUUCCGACGCUCUUGAGGACUUGAGCAAAGCAUGUGAAAUGUUCGAAAUUGUUCAUGGUCAUUUGGCCGACGAAUUGGGUCUGCCAUACUUAAUGUACGCAAAGUCAUUGAUUGCCGUGGCCCAACAGGGUGAAAAUAAAAUUGUUGAUGUGCCGGAUGAUGAAGAAGAACAGAAGGAUGAUGAUGAGGAACAGAAAGAUGUUGAAGGAGAAGGUAACGACGACGAUGAUGAUGACGAUGAAGAGGAUGAUCAAGAGACUGACAAGCCAAAUCAGGCUGAUAAUGGAACCGCAGGAAAAAGUAUUACGAAUGGCAACGGCACCAAUGGUGCAUCAUCAUCUUCUGAACCACAACCGGGAACAUCAUCCGUGGCUGAGGACAAUCAGGAAGAUGAUGAUGCCGAUAGUGACUCUCCAGCUGCUAAUUUACAAUUGGCGUGGGAAGUGUUGGAGUUAGCUGUAAAAAUUUUCGUUCGUCAAGGGGCGCCUGCGUUAUCGAAUUUAGCGGAAGCCUAUUUUGAAUUGGCUGAAAUUUCGUUUGAAAAUAGCCAUUUUGAUACUGCCGUGAUGGACUACAAAAAAUCGGAAGACAUCCGUAUGAAAUUGCCAGAUGAUGAUCUUCGAAUGCUGUCACUGAUUCAAUACAAGAUCGGCUUAAGUUACUACAUGAAUCAGUCAUUUGACGAAUCCAUUGCAGCGUUCAAAAAGGCAUGUGAUAUACUCGACUGUCGAAUGGAAACAGCCAAAAGCAAAGACGAAAAAUCCGACAAAGACGUUGCUAAUAUCGCUGAACUGGAAGAGAUGAAGGAAGAAAUUCUAGCGAAAAUCACCGAAAUUGAAGAGAUGAAGCAACAGUCAACUGAAGACGUGAAAUUGUUGCUGGCGAAAUUUUUGAAUGGUGACACUGAUGCUGGUCAAUCAAGCUCUUCGGCGGCAUCGGCGUCGACGUCGGCCGGUGAAUCAUCGAAACCUAAGCCAACAGACAUUUCUCACUUGAUCAAACGGAAAAAACCGGACACACCUGACGAUGAACAGUCUAAGCCGAUUGCGAAGAAACUGAGCAUUUAAAUAACAUGAUUGUAAGCCGUUGUGGGCUGUUAAUUUAUAAUUUUUUUGUUUUUUGUCGUCGGCAACAGAUGGGAUGAAUAAAGAAAGUGAAAAUCCUUUUUU